CUUAGGUAUAUUUACCCAGGAACUUGGUUCAACAUACUAGUCAAACUUUGUUCAGACAAUCGUUUGUGUGCUUUUGAGACAAUUGAAGGACUUUUAAAUAUAUCAGAGAUCUAAUAUUUGUGUUUACUUGUGUUUUAGUGAGUAACAGUAAAACUGGCAUCUAUGUACGACAAACAACCGACGGGAGCGGAAUAUCCGCCGGCGGGGGACUAUUUAACGAUGCUGUCAAAGUCCUCAUACGAUCCUGUCAAAACAGCUUACGAUCCGACAGGGUACCCAAUGUCUAGUGUAGCCAGUAUGAACUCUAUGGGUGGAAUGAGCGGCAUGGGCUCGAUCGGAUCUAUGGGCAUGAACAACAUGAACUAUUCAUCACAGGCGAUAUCGGGUAUGGGAGCGCCUCACGGGUAUGGGAUGAGCAUGGCGCCGGCCGUCGGCAUGCACACUGGCAUGUACGGCAGUAUGAACACUAUGAAUACAAAUGGACAUAUGAGCGGGAUGACCAGUCCAGUGCCUAUGAAUGGAAUGUCAGAUCCCAUCUCACCAAUGCGAAUGGACUUAAAUCGGGCACAGGCUAUCAACAGGGCACGAGAAAAGACAUAUCGAAGGAGUUACACGCAUGCUAAACCACCGUAUUCUUAUAUUUCACUUAUCACCAUGGCGAUUCAACAGUCUCCAAACAAAAUGUGUACGUUAAGUGAAGUUUAUCAAUUCAUAAUGGACUUAUUCCCGUUCUACAGGCAAAAUCAGCAACGGUGGCAGAACUCUAUACGUCAUAGUUUGUCAUUUAAUGACUGUUUUGUGAAAGUACCCCGCACUCCCGACAGGCCGGGGAAAGGUAGUUACUGGACCUUACAUCCUGACUCUGGUAAUAUGUUUGAAAACGGUUGUUAUCUUAGGCGUCAGAAACGGUUCAAAUGUUUAAAGAAGGAAGACCUACGAUCAAAAGGUCUAGGGGAUGAUAGUGGCGAUGAAGGGCAUUCAGGGGAUGAAGGAGAUAGUGUCUCACAACCUGGGUCACCAGAAGAUCACCACGCACAAACCCACCAACAGCUUCAACCGCCCCCACAGCAACAGCCACCCCCACAGCAUCACAUGGCGGGUCAGCUAGAACCUUUACCUAACAAAACUGAACCAAACCCAGUCGGAACCCCAACAUCAGGAUCAACGCCGGGGCCGGACCUUCGGCAGUUACAGCAUCAACACCACGACGUGAUGUCUUUAGGGCACGGAUAUCCAGGUGUAAAUCCAGCGCACUCGUUUAAUCACCCAUUCUCAAUAAACAGUCUAAUUACAGAUAAUGCAAAAAUGGACAAACUUUAUGAAAUGCACGGAAUGUACCCGGGCUAUAAUAAUAUGCACCCGAUGCAGAUUCCGACGAAAGUUGAAGGCCCUGGAAUGGCCCCCGACGGAGGAUAUUACAAAACUUAUACUCCACAUAGCACUGCGAGUCUAUGAGCAUUUUAGGACUCUUAAUAGAUACGCAAAAGUGACAAAAAUGUGACAUUCACUUAAGCUGAAACCAAAGAUGUGUUUUUAUCAGGAAACCGUGUUUUGUGACCAUGUAAGUCGUACUUUUACAGGUUUUUACAUCCCCGUCAAUUCACCUCAAGAUUAUGAAUUUAAAACUUCAUUUUUUUCUAAAGAUAAGAGAGAACGCGGAUCUUUAAUAUAACUUGUCUGCUUAAAGCUAUUGCGCGGUCUCUAGUGGGCCAAUUUCAAUGCGUUUACAACUUGUCAUGAGCGGGUGAAAUAUAUUUGAAACCUUAGAUGUACUACUUUGUUAAUGGAUCGAAUUUACCUGUGUUCAUAUUUCAUCAAAGAUUUUACAACGUCUCUCAUAAGUUUCAAACUCACAAACAAUUAGGCGAAAUCUGGUUGAAGGACAUAACGCCUUGAAUGGGACUAUGUAUUCAUUAUUUCGCCCCAUUAUUAUUCGUACUCAACACUACUUAGCUGUCAUUUUUGACAAGUUUAUUCCAAUUUGUACAUUUCUUUCUUCCAUUUUCGGUGUUUUUUUCCAUGUUAAUUUAUUUUUAGAGUAGAAUUUUUGCUCAAGAUUUUAGUAUAAUCAAAUAGCGCAGAUAAUCGUUUUUUUUUCUUUAUUUGUAAUUUAAUAAAUAAAUGUAACUUUAGAUAAAUUUAAGUUACACGGUUAUUUCUCUUUUUUUCACGGCAUUUUAUGCCUUGUGAAUCUGUUUAACUUUUGUAUAGGUUAUCAAAUGUUUUAGUAAUUAUAUGUACGGGACGGGCAAAAAUCUGUCUGUCUGUGAUUCUAUAUAAGUUGCUUUUAUUUUAUUUUUGUACACAUACUGUAAAGGUUAUUUUUUUGAUCUGUCGGUUUAUAGAUAUUAAAAUUUAUGAAAUAUGAA